UCAAACCAAGUUGUAUUAGAAAAAGGAAGAACAGGAGACGGAGGCCAAAAUCAAAGUCCUCACUGAUAAUUUCUAUUGCUUUUCAUCUUCGUCCAACCUUCCGUCCAUGGCCACUAAAGACUUGAAUUCCCAUCUGGGUUUAGCUCUGAUCUUCCUCUUUUCAAUCCCCAGAUCUACAUGGGGCCUUGAGCCUCAGCCUGCUACGCCCACGGUCUGGGAGAUCCUUCCCAAGUACGGUCUCCCCAGUGGGCUUUUACCCAGUACUGUCACUGACUACGUCCUUCACGACGACGGGAGGUUCAUUGUCAAGCUGGACAGCCCUUGCUAUGUCGAAUUCGACUACUUGGUCUACUACGAGAAAACCAUCACUGGAAAACUGGGUUAUGGCUCCAUUACUGAUUUGAACGGCAUUCAGGUGAAGCGGCUCUUCCUGUGGCUCGAUGUGGAUGAAAUCAAGGUCGAUUUGCCGCCAUCUGAUUCCAUCUAUUUCCAAGUUGGAUUCAUCAACAAGAAGCUCGACAUUGACCAAUUCAAGACCGUCCAUUCUUGCCGUGAUGGGGUUGCGGGCUCUUGUGAAUAUUCUUGGAAACCAGUUCUUCAGCUUCCAAUGCCGACGAAUGAAAUUCAGAUGCUAAUUACCGAGUAGCUGCCACGGGCUGAUCUUGCUAUGUGUCGUCUGUAGAUGAAAUCUUUUAUCUAUCAUGUGUAUGGAAAGGAGAAAAGAGAGAAGCAAAGAAAAGAAAGGGAGCGAAGUAAUUGAUAGUAAAACAUAGGCUAAAAAUGUGUUAUUAGUAGAUUGUGUAAACAAUGAACUCUAAAUAAAGUAUGAGAUGUGAAGGACA